AUGAUUCUUAUCGCUGUCAUCUCGCUGGUUUUGAGUUUUUCUCUCAAAGCAGAAUCCCUGACGUGCUACCAAUGUGCGGAUACUCAAAUGGAGGGGCCAUGUCAGACAAACACAGCCGACCUAGCGAAAUCAAAACGGAUCUGGACGAACACGACAAAGGCGAGCGACAACGUAGGAAAUCAUAAACCGGGUUCAUACAUUGAAUACGUCAAAAUUUGUCCCCCAGAACAGAAAUUUUGCGCUAUUGAACGAAUUGAAGAUAAAGGUGUGAUGUUUGGAUACAUACGGGACUGCAGUGACGGCGAGACAAUAUCAGUGAAUGUUACAAAGUUUCAAAACAUGACCCUCAACAGAAACAACUUUACAACAUGUGCUUUCCAAAGACAAGUUGGCGUCGUGUGUAUAACGUUUUGUGCGGGAGAUUUUUGUAAUGGACCUGUUUCAAAUAGUGUUGGUUACUUCGUCAGUUAUACUUUAACACUUCUCGUAACAACGUACUGGAUCCUUCUGUACUCACAUUGA